CAGGAGGGUAGGCCCCACCAUUCGGGGCCUUAUCGCAGCCUGAGCGAGCGCGGCUACUCCUCCUCGUCGUACUCCUCGUCUCAGUACGGCUCGUACUCGGGCUACAGCAACGUCCUGACGGGCGGCGAUCAGUACCAACAGUAUCAGCAACAAUCCGCCGGCAAUUAUUACCAGCAACUGCAGGGCGGCUAUUACUCGCCGCAGAGUUCCGGGCCGCCGUUCCCGGGUGUGCAGAGAUACGGCAGUCUGGCCGAAGAGACGUGGUCCUCGUGCUCCGCCAAGGGAGACGCCUCGGCGGGCAUCUCGAAGUCUAAUCCUAGGACUUACCUAGCUUAGUUAAUCGCGACAAUGUUGAAGACAGCUCUGUUGAGCGACAGCUUGUUUCUGCGCCCAAGUGUUGCCCUUGAAAAAAAGCGCACACCUGACUCUUCAAGAAUGAAUCUUCUUUAUCGUUUAAAUUUUUUUUUUUCCGGCUUUCAUCGCGCAUGGACUCACAACGAUGACUUAAUGAACAGCCUAUGGGAGGAAAGAUGGUGAAACCAAAUCCUGUUGUGCAUUUGCCGGAGAGUCGAAUGUUAAUCGACGUUGCAAAUGCGGCUCACUAUAUCAGACGCAGACUAUAUAUGACUCAAAGAAUUAAUUAUCGACAAGCUACUAUGAGAAUAUAUCGCUAAAUCUAUAACAAUAAGAUUCUGAGCUUCUGAUGUUUCAUGUUCGGACGUAAGAAUGUUAUGUCGAGGUGACCUGAUCGAAUUUACAGUUAAUUUAACGAAAAGAUCGAUAGGGAUCUCGAUGCCCUCGGAUAAUCAUUAUUGUUACAAUGAGAUUUCAAGUGAUGAAAUAAUCUUGUUAUGAUAACUAUAAUAGAGACAAUACGUUAGCUGGACAAAUGAACCACGAAAGUACGAACGAUUUCGGACACUUUAUGAUUAUAAAUAAAACAAAGUUCUAAUAGAUGAGUAGACGUCGAUGUCAGUUAUCUCAAAACUAUUCUCGAUUACAAAGUAACUAUACGUCGUACAAAUGCUAGGCAGCAUAUCGUGAUGUUAAGAGGCAUAAACGAGUCUGACCAAAUUUUAUGAAUACAUCGAGCCACCGACAUAUGCCGACGAUAUAUCCGAAGUAAACAGAAUAAAGAAUAUAAUUAUGAUCACAUAUAGGUAAGAUUAACAAUAAGCGAAUUAAUAAUGAAAAUUCUUCAGUUCAAUCUAUAUGUAUAUUACGGUGACAAUAUCUCAUAAACGAUUCGCCGGAACAAUUUUUUAUUACUAUCACUGCGAAGGACAUCGCUGUAUCGAGGUAUAUUAUAAUUUAGAUCGUAAUUAUGAACGAGUCGUGUGCGAUACGAUUUAAUCUAAGUGCCAGAAAAAAAAUCGAGUGUGCCUCGUAAUUUGGCACACUGCCGCAACGUACGUUCGGCUUAUUGUGUAUCAUCAUAUUAAUAAGUACAAUCUCCCCAGUGUUCGUAUAUCAUGUUCGCGCGGUCGCAAAGGAAAAAAAAAAGAUGAUAUUUUGCAGAUACUACAUAUAUAUUUAACGUGAUAUUUAUUCGUAGAUUAUAAUUAUUUCUUAAUAUUUAUGCGCGGCUCGCGUUUGAUCAUCAGAUUAUUUGAUUCUAUAUCAACGGGAGAGAAAAGAUCACAGGACCACACAAUAUAAUAUACAUAUUUUAUUGCCGGACAAGUAUUAUCGCCAUUUCGCACAACCGAAACGGCGAAUUAAUACGCUAGAUAUCGUGACAUUCGUGUACCUAAGUAAUUUAUUUAUAUAAAUUAGUUUAGGUAAAUAAUUUAUUUAUAUACUAUAUAUCUAUUUCAUCGCGCGACGCGGUCAAUCCCUCGCUUGAGCGCGGCAAAUACAAGCGUUCGCUUAUGUAUAUUGGUGCGAAUUAACGCGCGAAAUCACAGAUUUCAAUACAAACCGUUGUAAAUGUGCUCAGUAACGUCUGUAUAUAUUUGUGUGAACUGUAUCUAAACAUUUGGAGAAAAAUUAAAUAAACAAUUGCCUUUA